AUGAAGGAAUUGUCGAUUGCGGUAAGUUUGCGUAAAAGGGAGCGGUACUGCGGGAAAUGAUAUCGGCACGGCGUAGAUUACAGGCCUUCGGAAGGGGGGAAGGGGAAAGGCGUGGGCUAGGCGGUAGAGGUGUAUGUAAAUACGGCAGUGGUCUAAGAGCCGAAUGCCUGUGGUAGCAGCUACCCCAAAGUGACAGACGUAUGUUUGGACGGCGUAGGCUGUAAGCCUUUCAGUUUCGGAGGGGAGGAGUGGGUGUUGCAGAAUAUGCGGAGAGAAGGCCUGCAGGGUCAGGUGUACGCCCGGAAGUUGAAGGCGGGCUGGAAACGUUAGUGGACAGCUGGCGUAAGUGGUAGUCCUAAAGACGAAAUGGGAAUGCUGGCAACUCAGUUAGGUGGAAUCCGGAAUGCGUAGGAGGAGAGGCAAGUGGACCAUGAUUGGAAACCGAGAGAUGAUGACGGGAAACACUACGUAAACCGAGAAACCGUCAAACGGGCAGUUAACAGCGCAACUGCAACGCAUGGGGAACUGCCCAGAGGUGGUUUGGAGUAAGAGAAGUUUGUGUGCGUAAAUGCAUAGAAGUUGCAUUGUAUGUUGGACAUAAAUUUUAGGCAACAGGGAAUGGGAACUCCACGUAAACCCUACGGAGGCGGGUUGCUAGGUGUGUUUGAAUGUUUCCUUCUAGCCAUGGCGGCCACAGGUCUUCCAUUACGGCUACCUUACGUACUAUUGUUUGUUCAGUAGGUGUGCUUGUGGUAUUUUUUUUUGCCGCCGCGGCAAAAAAAAAUACCACAAGCACACCUACUGAACAAACAAUAGUACGUAAGGUAGCCGUAAUGGAAGACCUGUGGCCGCUUAUUUGGCACCGGUCGACACUCGCAUGGAAUUACGCAGACGCCUAACCUGAAAUUAGAUAGGAUCCGGUCUGAUUUAGAGGACGAAUCCUUUAAGGGAUAUUGUUUCUCGUGAUUCUUUUAACUCCCUUUGUCUUUACUAAGUGAUUGUGAUUCCCGGCUUGGAAGCUGGCAUUUUCGGCGCAUUUUGCGUCAACGGGUCGUGCUGUGAAUAGUCUGAGAUCCACUUCUAAGCUCCUGUCUUUGAAUCCACUUGAAUAACACCCCCCUCCCCCGUCAUCAGGUAGUUACAAUUGAGCCCGGCUACUACCUCCCCGGCAAGUAUGGAAUUCGGUUGGAGAACGUGAACAUUGUCAUCGAAGCAUCCUCUGUGGACGCCAAUGCAGUCCCCUCGUCCGCUGCCGCGGUUCCGACCUUCUUGGCCUUCGAACCGAUAACCCUGGUGCCAUUCCAGCGCAAACUCAUUGCACGAGAAAGGCUAACGCCAACAGAAAUCGAAUGGUUAGAUGCUUACCACGGUCUGGUCAGAAGAGAAUUGAUCGCUCGCAUUGCUCAAGACGCUGGCGGCGAUGGGCUCCUAAGUCCUGCCCGUCAGAGGACACGUGACUGGCUUCUGCGGGAGACGGAACCGCUCAAGGCGUCUUCGUAA